AUGUACUUUUCUAUAUUUGCUAUCAUAUUUGGUAUUAGCUUUCGAAAUCGCAAAGCCAUAUCACAUAUCAUUGGAACAAGUAACAUUAAGUUUCUAGAGGCACUUGGCCCAUUGAAAAUAAGUAUUGCAAUUCCAGCAAUCAAUUCUGAAAAAUCUGUUAGGUUAUUUGAUUCAGUCAAUUCUGAAGAAUCUGUUGGGUUAUUUGAUUUAAUCAAUUUCGAAGAAUCU